UUUGAAUAGUAUGUAUAACUAAGGGGCAAUUCAUACCAAACCCAAAUACUAGAGGGGGCAAAUAUGAAACAAAAUCAUCCGCAUAAAACUGAAAUGCGAAAAGAAGGCUAAAAUCAGAGAGGAAAUACAGAUUUCAGUGGCAAUCUCAGAUUUCCAGCCGCCGGAAGUUUCACUUCACUGCUGUAAUUUUGAUUCGUCACCGUCGGCAGAAUUGUAAUCGGUAAAUAAUCAGAAGGAGAUAUGGAAGACGUGCUAACAGAAUUACCACCUCCUUCACGGUUCUUCUUGGAAGAUCUCAAUAACUUCACUCCGCCCACACCUCCCCUACCAUCUCCCUUCCUGUUGCUCUCUAAUCCAAAUUCCAAAACUCCACUUCGACCCUCUCUCCUCAUCAUUGCCCUUUCUACCCCAUCUCUAUACUUACUCCACCAUUUGUCCUCAAAAACACUCACCGGAACUCUUGUUCUACCCGAGAUAUCAUCCUCAGGAAACUCUGUUGAGCCUUCUCUUAAAGACAAAUCUUGUAACCUGUAUGCCAUCACUCAUGCUAAUGAAUCCAUUAUUCUUGCCAACUUCCAAUACUCAGUUCCUUCAGAGAGAACUCAUGCAAUUGCCAAAACCCUCAUCGGUCAACAGAUCAUUCCGGAGAGGGUUUUGAUUUUUGAUUGUAUUCAAAGCCGUAACUUCCGUGGCAGGCUGUCAACAGAUGAUACAUUUGCACUGAAGCUGGAAACAGCAGUAGAAAGAAAAGGGGUUCCACUGUUGAAAAGUUUGAACUACUUUCCGUCAGGAAGUGUGAUAGAAGGGUUGGGCGCUGCUCUCUUGGGUCGAUGCCAGAUGAAGAAUAUAAAAGGAAGUCUGUGUGUAUCAUGGCCAGAGUUGGGUGGUUCAGUAACGUCAACGCUUAAAAGUGUACUGCUUAAAGAUGUAUUGCCGGGCUUGGAACUCAAAAUUGAUGCUAACGGUGAAGACGAAGGGUUGAGGUUUGGUCAUAAGCAUCAUUACAUAGAUUCUGACUUGUAUACUUGAGUUGUUGAUUUUGGCUCCUUUUUGCUUGCUGUAGAAACCAAAUACAUUCGUCUCUUUUGUCUUGUAAUAUCUGUACUAUUUAAGGAGUUAUUAUAGCUUUUGUUUCUCUCUGAAA